AUGUCGCCUUCAUGGCGCACAAAAGACAAUAUCGCGUUGCCCCCGUAUAUCGACUUCCAGUUCUCCGCGAUUAUCAUGGAGAGGAUUCUCGGGCCACUCAGCCGAGACGUGCUAAAGGGCCUGGAGAACCUGGUUUUGAAGAACCAAGCCAAAAAAUGGUUCACGAUCUUCCUCGUUGUCUUCAUUCUCAUGCAUAGCUAUGAGCUCAUCCUGCAGCAUGAAGUCGCUUUCACCACAAGGCGGCUGUAUCCUGACAAGUACUACGACAUGAAACUCAUCCGAGGCUACCAAUCCGGAGCAAAGACUCUUGUUGCCCAUUUUCAUUACGUGAACAAGGGCAACAUUCCAUUUCAACCCCAAUUCGACUGGAACUCCCCGAUCAACAAACAUAUGGCAGACCUGUCAGAAGACGAACUUUGUACGGUCACUCAGAUAUCACACGAGGUUUCCGAGAAGUGUAAGUGGCCGUCACUCGUGUCCGCAAUGAUCAUGCUGCUGCUGCUUCGUGAGUCCGCUAAUUAG